AUGCCUUUGCAACCUUCCACCCCAAAUUGAAGUUGAUGAAACACAGCGCUGCUUCAAUUUAGCAUAUUGACUGCUUUUAAUUUAAUUCCCCUUUUAAAUCGAAGUUGCAGCAUGCCAUAGUUUAUAGAUUAGGCCUUAAUUAUAUAUAGCAUUUUGUCUUCAUAUGACUUUCCACCGCCAAAACCUGUCAACAAAGGAUAAGACCAAGAGGAAAUGACUUUGUUGUUGCAAGUCUGAGACGCCACCGCUACUCUUCCUUUACGUUCUGCCAAGAUUUGAUUAUUACAACAUGCAGAGUUCAUUUCAUGCCACACAAAGAGCACUAGAGGAAUCUUGUAGCCUUUGAAUAUUGUUUUCUUUUCUUCUUUUGAUUGAGACGCAGCUGGACUUUGACCCACUGAUUUCCAAAAGAAACUUGCUGCACAUUUGCUUAAUUGGAUAUUUUGAAAGUUUUUUUUUUUUGUCUUUAGUCCAAAGGUACAGCAACAUCACGUUUUGUCAAUCAACCUUAAUUGCAAAUAUCAUACUUAAUUGCAAAUAAGUUUUGUCUUGUUGUGUAUUAAUCAAUUCAUCACUUUUAACCACCAACGAAUUCAUCACUUUGUCAUGGCCUCUUGUAUUGUUAAACCACUGCCCCAUGAUCAAAAUUUCAUUAAACUCGUUGUUUCAUGGUCCUUGUUGCCUGGCUUUUAUUCAAAGCAAACAUGUGGCAAACAUUUACUGCUCGGCUUCAUUAUAUGUAUGUUGUGUUCCUUCAAGCACCUGGGAGCAAGUUUGUAGCAAUAUACUCUGAUAGUUAUUGUUUAAAGGGGUGUAAAGCUUUGUCUCUGUCACUUUUCAUGCGUGUCUUCUUCUUCUUCAAUUAUUCUCUCCAUCAGUCUUUUCGAGUUCUUGACAGAGGCAUUGUACAUGUACAUGCUGCAGGUGCAAGUGAAGACAGGAUCUUUGACAGCGAAAGCCAUUUCCUUGCUGGGAUUUGGUGGAGGAAGUUGUUGGAAGCACUCCAAGAGAACGUCAAGGGUAAAUUCUUUUCUCCAGACACCAAUUUUAUGUUUUGUGUGGUUGAUGUUCUGGCUGGUGUGUUCUUUGCGUGGCUUAUUUUGAGGCCAUUUGUUGUGCUGAGGUGGAGAGGAAGGCAGAAGGUAGGAAGCUGCUAGUGGGAACUGCUGUUGAAUUUUGGAGUAAAUCGAUGAUAUUAUACUCCACCGAUUGGUCAUACACUCAUUGAUACACAUGUAUCGUAUACGAGAUUGCGACCGCUAGGGGAUCUCCACAGCUCCAAGGCGACAGAGGUAAAAGAGACACUGCAAAAAAAAAAACAAGAAGUAGCACUGGUAGGUCAAGAAGGUAUCAACCUUUUAGCGUCUGCUUCCGGGUUUCUUCUUCAAACAAAGUUGCUGAAAACUUCUUCUCUCCUUUGCAGCAGGGCUUCGCCUUUCCUCUUGAUGUGUUUUCUCCGUCUCCCCUAACUCUGGCAUUAUGGUUGCUUUUAUAGGGAGUCUUCGAGAUAGGAUUGAGUCUUGAUUUUGAAUUUGAAUAAACUUAUCUCGAGAUAGCCGGUUGUGCAUGGCAAUGAGUUUGUUACAAUCAAAUUGAGUCAAGCCCGCAUAAUCUGUAUCAAUUUGGAUAACAUGACUUGAAUUUGAAUUUGAAUGUUUUGAUGUGCUACCAUUUC